GGGAAUCAUGGAUCUAGGACUCCUGAGGCUGAUGGAUUUGUCCCAGGGCAAGAACAAGGCCCUUCGGGGAAACCGAGGAAGUAGCUUCGGCCCGGCCACCCGUCGCCAGAGAGAGUUCAUGCCAGAAGAGAAGAAAGACACCACCUAUUGGGAGAAGAGGCGUAAAAACAACGAGGCGGCCAAGAGAUCCCGGGAGAAGAGGCGAUUGAACGACGUGGCCGUGGAAGGACGGCUGGCCGCCCUCAAAGAGGAGAACGCCCUGCUCCGCGCUGAGCUGAUGUCUCUCAAGCUUCACUUUGGCCUGCUGGGCCCCGGCACCCCCCAUACCCUCCAAGCCUUGCUAUGGGGUUGCCCUUGGCUGGCUUCCCGGGCCCCAGACGGGAAACUAGUCCCACCAGAAAGAGGCCCGUUCAGGCCAUGCAGCCCAGACCCCAAGGAGCUGGUGUGCAGGGAUUACCACAGUUCCUACAAGGUGCUGGGUCUCGGUUCCCCAAGGCUUUCUCAUGAGCUCUCCGCUACCUGCCCCCCAGCUUUCUUCAGCUGCCACCUUCUGGAUGAGCACGCCACCCCACUGCCUCUGCUGGAGCCCGGCCCCUUGUGGGCACCAUGGCCACCCCUGCCAGCUGGGCAGGGAAAGAGCUCCGGCCAUUGGGUCUUGGGCAACAAUGUGGCAAAGUCUGGUUCCGGGGCACCAUUGUCUGGACCCCCCUGCCCUCAUCCUGGGGACAGACUCAAGCCCACAGCUCAGUCCAGCCUGCCCCAUAAACUUCGGAUCAAGUCCCGGGCCCUGGCAGGCUGGGAGGACAGUCCUUCCCAUUCCGUCUGAGAUUCUCUGCCUCCCUAAGGGACAGUGGGGGGGCACACGGGACCUGGGAGCAGUGGGGUUGGAAAAGAGAGUAAUGAAAAAUAGAAUUGGGGGGGGGGCGGGAGUCUGGAUGACUCUGAUCGGUGGACCUGGUUGCCAGGGCAAAAAGAGAACCCCCAUAGCCACUCUCCCUUGCCCCCAGAUUUUCCUGGUGCACAAUCAGAUCAUCCCGAUAGCCCCCUCCAGUCUCAAAUCCCGUCCCAUUGAUCAAUUUCCCUCCAGAUGGGUUCCGUCCCAUUGGUGUAGGCACAUCCAGGGAGAAUAAAGAGUCUUAUGGGAAAAGCGUGGCAUAGUAGGAAGGGCAUUUAACUGGAGUUUAUGCAGUUCUAGACUCAAAGCCCAUCCCUGUGCGAUGUGGCCACUUCCUUCUCCAAACCUUCAUGACCUCAUCUGUAAAAUGGGCAUAUUAAUACAUCCACCCUCACAGGAUUACGGUAAACAAGCAGCUGCGAUAAUAAGGGCUGCAAACCUCCAGCUCUUUAGAUCUGAAGCUCUGUGAACCUGAACAAAUACCUAUUUUUGAUCACUGCGUCCCAAUAUAGCUGGCUUUCUUUGUAUUCCCACCCCGUCUCUUUUAUUUUAUGCACUUAAACAUGUGAUUCCAUGAAGAAGUCCGUAGACAUUACCAGCUGGCCAGAGAGCUCACCGGAGACACACAAAAAAAGGUGGAAAAUUCCAGCUAAAUAGAAUGUCAGCUGCUACAGAUAGGGAGGACUCGGGGUCCCAGAGAGAAUUCGCACAGAGCUCCAGAGGAGGGAGGCUGCCGGGGAAGAUGCCAACUACUUUACGGAGUUGUUUGUGGAUGGGAAAUGCCAGGUUGUGAGCCAGAUAAGUGACCCAUAUGCCAGACACUAAAUAAUCUGGACGGCUGUGGAGUGCAGACCCUUCCCUUUUUGGAUUUCUCACCUUUAUAUAGAGUUGGGGGCCAUUGAUACAGAAUAGACUGAGUGCUGGGCCUGGAGUUGGGAAGACCAGAGUUCUAAUCCAGGCUCAGACUCUUCCUGUGUGAUCCUGAGAAAGUCACUUAAUGAUGGCUGCCUGCCUCAGUUUCCUCAUCUGUAAAAUGGACAUUAAUAGCAUCUCCCUCCCAGGUCAAAUGAGAGAAUAAUUUUAAAGCCCUUAGCACAGUGCCUGACACAUUUGUAGCAGCAUUUAGAUAAUAAGAACUAUGUAAAUGUUAGCUGCUGCUGCUGCUGCUAUUAUUAUAUUCCAGGCAGCUACUUUCCCUUUCGGAGCAGACUCCCAUCUUCUAGAAGAUGCCCUCCCCACACCUUCCUGGGAGUCUGCUGAAGUCUCCCUCACCUUUCUCUGGAUCCUCUGGGCUCAGAUAGGACUUCCCUCCCCCCUUCUCUCAAAAUCUCUGAGAACAAAGCUGGCUGGAGGCAAGAAUGAGCUCUGUGUGUUGGGAGGGGAGCCCCUAACACUGAGCUACAAUAGAGAAACAUACUGCCUGUGUUUGUUCUUCGUUCCAGGACUUUGACUGGCCUAGAGGCAGCUAGGUGGCUCAGUAAAUAGAGCUUGGAGUCAGGAAGACAUGAGUUCAAAUCUAGCCUCCAGACACUUAUUAACUAUGUGACCCUGGGUCCAUUCUUUCCCAGGACCCUGUUCUUUUCUCCUUCCACUCCUUCCUCCUUUCUCCAUCUUCUCCCUUAGUGUCUCCUCAACUCUUUGGUUCCUUUCCCUUCUCUGGGUCCACUCUUUCCCAGGACCCCAUCUUUUCUCCUUCCACUCCUUCCUCCUUUCUUCAUCUUCUCCCUUAGUGUCUCCUCAACUCUGUGGCUCCUUUCCCUUCUGCUUGGGUCAGACACUGCUCCCUAGCAGCAUCUCUUGUUAGAAAGUGAGACCCAGCCAUGGCAAUACUGUACGGUGGCCAAUGGCGAAUGACUUGGCAAUUCUUGGCAAUAUGAUGAUCCAAGAUGAUCC